AUGCUUUUUGUUCCAAUUGUGAUUGCUUUUGCUGUAACUUCAUUCGCUUUUACUGUUCCAGGUUAUAGUUCAUUACAACGUCAAGCACUUGAAAAAAGAGCUGAUGAUAUAACUGAUGAUAUUUUUUUAAAUUUAGAUAUUGAUGAUAUCAAUUUCAUUGAUUAUAAUUUAUUACAAUUGUCAAAGUUUAAUGGUACCACAUGUAAUGUUUGUAAAGGGAAAUUCAAAUAUGCUAGGGACAUAAUUGAUCAAAAUCCAGAUAAAGAACACCUUGUUACCUUAAUGUUAUACAAAGAUUGUUUAGCGACUGCGACAUAUUCAGAUUCUUGUGGUUAUACAAAUUUUUUUAUCACUACCAAGUCUGAUAACUUUGAACAUUUUAAUGAAGAAUUUGAUUCUGGUAUAACUUCAGGUACUAGCGUUAAUUUUUUAGAUAAUGAUUUUUUAAAUGUCAUCAAAAAUUUCAAUAUGUCAAGUGAAAUUGAUUUAGAAUAUUAUUGUCAUUUUAAAAACAGUAGAGCUUGUGAAUUACCAAAAACUCCUGAUGUUGAAGAAUUGUUCAAUAUUGAAAGUUGGUGGCCUGCCAAAAAGAAUGAAUAUAAUUCACCGCCAGUUUAUAAAAAUAAUAGUGAAAAAUUCAAUGUUUUACAUAUAACUGAUUUCCAUAUUCAGCCAAGAUAUCAAGUUGGUGCUGAAGGUAAUUGUACAAAUUAUCCUUGUGGUAUUCCAGAAUCUUAUAAUAAAGUUUUACCAAGUAAAAAUUAUAAUUUCACUACAUAUUAUAAAAAUCUUGAUCCAACUAUUAAUACAUUUGAAUUUUCAUUUUAUCCAAAUGCUAGAUAUGAUGAUUUGAAAUAUGAAAAAGGAGAUUAUUAUGAUUUUGUUCAUUAUCGUGGUUGGAAUUUUCAAAAUUCACCUGCAACUUCAUUUGGUGCAUAUUUAUCAGAUGCUCCAGAAUUAUUAAUGAAUAAUUCAUUAGUUGAAAUUGCUAACUUACAUAAGAAUAAAAGUUUUGAAAUUGCAUUAUUUACCGGUGAUUUAAUUGAUCAUGAUAGUUCACAUUGUACACCAAAUAUAACCAAAAAUACUGAAACUUUAGGUUUCAAUUUAAUAAAAAGAUAUUUAAAUAAUAUUCCUCUUAUGCCAAGUUUAGGAAAUCAUGAUUCUUUUCCAUAUGCUCAAGUUGCUCCUUUAGAAUUUGAUCAACAACAUCAUUAUCAAUAUAAUAUUGAAGAAAUGGUUAAUCUUUGGGUCAAUAAUGAAUAUUUUCCUGAAAAAGAUGCAAACGACUUGAAAAAGCAUUAUUCAGGUUUUUCAUACGUUACAAAUAGAGGUUUAAAAAUUAUUGGAUUAAAUUCAAAUGCUUAUUAUACAGAUAAUUUAUGGGCGUAUCUUGAUCAAACCACAAAUCCAGAUUUAUUCGGUCAGUGGAAAUUCUUAGUUGAUGAAUUAGUUGAAAGUGAAAGUAAAGGUCAAAGAGUUUGGAUUAUGGCACAUAUUCCAAGUAAUAAUUUUGAUGUUUUACCAAUUCAAUCUCACAUUUUUGCAAAAAUUGUUAAAAGAUUUUCACCUUAUACUAUAGCAAAGUAUGUAUUAGACAACUUUUCCAGAAGUUACUAACAUUUAGCCUUUUUUAUGGACAUACUCAUAGAGAUCAAUUUUCAAUUUUGUAUUCAACAAAUGCAACAACUGCAACUGAAGAAGACAUCAUUAAUAUGUCAUGGGUUGCGCAAUCUGUAACUCCAUAUACAAAUUUCAAUCCAUCAUUUAGAUGGUACGAAGUUGAAAAUGAAAGUUUCAACAUUAUCAAUGCUUACAAUUAUUAUACUCAAUUAAAUGAAACUUUUACAAAUAAUGGUGAAGAGCCUGUUUGGGGACUUGAAUAUUCCGCAAGGGAUGCAUAUGAUCCAAAUCAUGAAUGGCCACAAGACGCUCCAUUGAAUGGUACUUUUUGGCAUAGAUAUGUUGCUAAACAAUUAUGGAAUACCACAGAUAUCGCGUUUAAUCAAAAAUUUAUGAAUUAUAAAUAUAGAUUAAGUCCAUUAACUCCAAAUUGUACGGAUCAGAAAUACCAUGAUUUAUCAUAUACUUGUUACAAUGAUAAUAACUGCUUUUUAUACUUCCUUGCAGAUGAUAAUAUGAAUUGUCAAAAAUAA